UUAUGUCAUAAGCUAAAUCCGUCAGUCUUGUUGAUGGAGGGAGAGGUUGUCGGCUUAUCACAAGACCCCAAAUUCUUGGGGAGGCUGAUGCAAUUUUUCUCUAACAUAUUCUGCCUCCGAUAUAGCCUUGAGGGUCAUCCGAAGACACAACCUGUCAUAUCGCGGUAUGAUGUUUCAUCGGUUGACAGAAAAGGUCCCCUUUGUGCUAACAAAUGCGUGCUCAAGAAUGUGUGUCCUAGAAGCAUUGUUAUGUUGGCGAUACCUGCAUUACUGUCCUCUGUGAUCUCACUUACAUUAGUCGCAUCGAUCAAGUAUGAAAAUACCCUAAAGACGCACACUGUCCAUUUAGUGCAACAUGAGAUUAACCUUUUCAUGUCUGAAGAUUAUACCAAUAGGCUUCAACCCAAAGCCUCAUCAAUUUCAGCCCAUGUGAAUAUUCUGUCUGAUUGUCAAGAAGAACAUGAUCCCAUCUUCAAGCAAGAUGUUCGGAACGUUCUGAAACUCACUCAAGCUGAUAGUAACAGAAAUCAUGUAAGAGGAGUAAAGUUCACAGAAGACGGUCUUAUCAUCCAACGUUCAGGUAUCUACUUCGUGUAUUCUAAUUUGAAUUUUAAACCUUGUUCCAAAAAAUCUACAUCCGAGUUUACCUAUCAGACCUGGUUUCACUACGUGCAUCGUGAGCACAACAACAACCCGAUGAAGAGCGGGGUGUUGCUCAGGAGUGUGUAUACGUCGUGUUCAAACUGCACUGGUGUCGAGAGCACUUCAUAUAGUGGUGGGUUGUUCCAUCUUGAGCCAGGUGACCUCAUUCAGGUAUCUUUGACAGGACGUGGUCUGUUGGGGAUGAAUGGAACCUCUUCCGACCUAGGUCUAUAUUUACUGGCAGAUAAAUAAAACCAACAGAGUUCUUUUAAUUCAGAAGAUAAAGGAGCUAAUUCAGGUGUAGAGUUAUGAGCGAAUUCAGUGUAAACGUAAUGUACUAAUACGAAAAUUAUUUUACAAAAUUCUGCUCUUACAUGUCUAUUUUAUAUACUUAAAUAUCACUUAAGCUAAUUAGUAUAGUAUGAUACACAUUUUAAUUGUUUUAACAAAGAAAG